AUGAUGGUUAUGUAUUGGUGUGGAUUUAAUGGGUUCAAUCAAUUGAAUAGCGAACCAUUUACCAAUUUGGGCUUUCAUAUUUAUGGUGCCACAAGAAAUAAUGAAGAAGUUCAACAAGUUGCUUUUUCUUGGAGUUCUGCUUCGGUUUUAACAAGUAUUCAAUUUUUAUAAACUAAUUUUUGUUUAAAACCUAUUAAAUUGCAUCUAUUUAAUUUAAGGUUCUGGAGAAAUUUGUAUCAGUGGCCUGGUUAACAAAAGAUUAGUCAGUUGUGAAGUAUUAAAAAACACAGGCUGUGAUUCUUUUAAAACUGUAAGUAUUUUAUAAUUUUAUAAUUUUACAUUAAAUUAAAUUAAAGUUUUAUUAAAAAGUAUGAUAUAGUUUCUAAUAUAUUACGGGUAAAGUAGGAAGUCCGAGCAUUGUAUUACAAUGUGUACCAUACCCAGAUUCAAGUGGGCAAAGUAAAUUACAUUCAUAGUACACUUGUACAUAUUAUAUUAUGCAAUAGGUAACUUACCUGCAUAUUUUAUUUAUUUGAUACCACAACUUUUUAAAUUAGUUUCUUUUCUUUCACCUUUGGCCACCCUCAUUUUAAACUUCUACUAGAGCUAAUCUCAUCUCACAUACACCGGCUGUUUUCAUAUCAUAUCAAUUUAAAUUGUGCCUCAAUUGAAUUAUUUUUUAAACAAUUUUAAAGUUUUAGAAUUUAAGAGAAGCAAGGAAUGUAUUGUUUUAUUUUUUUUUUUUUUAUCUGCAAAUAACUUUUUUGACGGAAACCUUGCUCUGAUUCUCAAGUGUAGUAUCAUUUUUGAAAGGAAAUUUUAUCCGAGUGAUAUUUUAUGGAAGUCUUAUUUGAUUUUCUAAGCAGUUUUCAUAAUAAUUGGGAAAUAAUGUGAAAAUUUAAGAAAUUUAUUAUUUUCAAUUUUGUUUUUUGUUGUGAUUCAGUUAAAAAUAAUCACAGAGAUUUGAAAUUUGGACAGAAAAGUUGUAUUUACCUUUUCUAAAAGUAGUAUAAUUUUAAAAACAUUUUAAUUUUACAAGUCUUAUGUAAUUUUUAUUUGGUGUGUAUCUAUGGAUAAAAUUGUUUGACGAAACAGAAGUGCUUGAAAAUUUAACAGAAGGUUCAUUAUAAAACGUACUUUGUAGACCAAAAAAAAAAAAACAUUGAGCAUAAUUUAGAAUUUUUUUUUUAUAAGUAUUUUAAUAUCAAAUUUUGACAAAAAUUGGAAAUAUUACGGCCUUUCAAAACUUGUAUAACCAAAUAAUUUUUCAUUAGCAAUAAUUAUUUGUUGUGUACAGAUAUACAUUAAAUUCCUAUCUAUAUCUUACCUUCCCAACUUCUCACCUACAACAGUGGCGAAUCCAUCGUGCGAGGUAUGUCCGUCUUUUUUUUUUUGUUUUUAAGUAUAAAAAUAAUUGUGCAGAGCUCCAGUUAUUAUUAUUAUAAAAAAAAAAAAAAAUUAAAUAUAUUUAAUAGAAAAAAAAGUUAUUACUUUUGUUAAAUAGUCCUGUUACAGGUACCUUUGUACAUAAACCAGAUAAACCACGGGUGACCAAUAAUAUGUAUCUCAACGAUAAAGUGAUCAUGCUGUAAAUUUGCGCACAUCUUAUUUUUUAUCAAAUAUUUUCUACUGAUUUUUAUAAUUUAUUAGAAAAGUAUGCAACUCAGUGCCAUAAUAGUGGUUCUUGUAAAAAUAAAAAAUAAAAUUACUAUAAUUUAAUAAUAUUAAUUUUAUUUGUAUUAAACCCCUUAUAGAAAUUUAAUAAUAAAAAUUCUUCAAUAGAAGAUAUCUAACAAUGUUUCAGUGAAUAAUAAAUUUAAAAGUUCAAUUUUUUUUUGUUUACUAAAAUAGGUAUCCAGUGAGAUGUUUUAUUUAAUUUUAAUAUUUUUUAUGUAUAAUUACUUUGCCACUCGUCACUGUAUAUCAGUGUUUCUCAAUCCAGGGAUUGCAUUAUUCUGAAAUAAUUAAAUGCUGAUGUAAGAAAAAAAUAUUUUAUUUUAAAAAAUAAAAUAAAAAUCUACAUUAAAUAUAAAAAUGAAUACAUGAUUACAAAAAUGUAAAAGCAUAAGCUAUUGCUAUAAAAUAUUAAUUAAUUACGAUUGUUUUAUAUUAAAAAGUUUGUUUAUUUGUGGUACGACAUUAGAAACUCAAAAAAGUAAUUUAUUUUCUUAUUAUAAACGAUUUCUGUAUUUAGUUUAGUUUUUAAUGCAACCAUACAAAAUUGUAUAGAAGACUUUUUUUGUAGAGAUAAGUGACCAAUGAAAUCAAUGUUUUCAAUUAAUCUGUUAUUAAGUUAUGUAAAAUAGAUAAAAGCUUAAAUUAGUUUUUAUAAUAAGGGGGUUGUGAUUGUCUUUAUUUCUUAACCUAUUUUGGGGGCAAUGCCACUAAAAAGAUUGAGGAAAAAUGCUGUAUAUAAUGCCUGGACAAUGUAAACUACUUUGUCUUACUUUGCCCUCGAAUAUUAGGCAUUGCGAUAAAAUGCCCAACUUCCUUUGUUUGUAAUAUAUAUACUUAUGUAUUUGUGUGUAUUUUUAUGUUUAGAUGUCUAUAUCUGAAACAAAUUUAUUAGCUACUGAUUUUAAUGGAAAUUGUUGGUCCUAUAUAAAAAGUGAUGACAAAUGGAACGAUAUUACUCAAUUAUUACAGAAAGAAAAACAAGUCUGUCAAUCAGAAAAUCAUAAUGAAUCCUCUAUAAGGAAUGUGUGCUGUAGUGAUACUAUACAUUUAGCAGUUACUUAUAACGGUACUUAAUUAUUGACACUUUAUAGUAACUUAUUAUGCUGUAAUUAUUAAUUUCAGAAAUUUAUUCAAUUCCAUCUAAAAUAUACGAUUCAAAAUUUAAAGUUGCUCAAGUAGCGUGUGGUUUUGAACACAUUCUUAUUUUAAUGGAAACUGGAUGUUUAUAUACUCAAGGAUAUGGUAGGUAAGUAUCCUAAUUUAAUAUUAGAAUAAUAAUUUUAAAUUGAUUGAUGAUGAUUCAAUAUUAUAAUUUAAUUAACUUUGUCAAUUGUAAAAACUAAAAAUAUAAUUAUAUCACUAAAACCAUUUUGUUUUCAAUAUUAAUAUUAUUGCUUUUAAAUAAAUAAUAAAGUUACAAAAUUGUUAAUUAUUAAAAUACAGUGUUUAACUAUUAAUUUAAAUUUUAACAUCAUAUAUAUAGAAAACAAAAAUUCAAUUAAAUGCACCGAAUCGUUUUUAUAUUGUUUACAAUUAUAUAGCUGGUUUUAAUGCUUACAGCCGAGGUCAAUUGGGUCACGGUGAAUUAAAUGAAGAAGAUUAUCCCCGUAUUUUAAAAGCUUUAGAUGGUAUUCGUAUUAUUAAUACUUCUGCUGGUGGAUGGCAUUCAGCUGCAAUAACCGAGUAUAAUGAUCUCUACAUGUGGGGAUGGAAUCAUUCUGGACAACUAGGGAUUUCAAACUCUCCAGGUAGUACUAUUUAUAAUAAUAAAGUAUCUUAUAAAUUAAUCAUUUGUUAAAAAUCAUUUAACAAUUAAAAAAUCUUAAUUUCAAUUUGCAUAAAAAUAAUUGAUAAAUAAACUUGAUGUGGUAAUCAUUCAAUGUAUUAAACAUUUUAAUCAGAUUAUUUUAUUUUACUGUUAGAAGAAACUGUUACUAAUAAAAUCAUAACUAAUUUAAGGUUGUAUGUUUUAUUGGUUUACGGCACUAGUUAACGUAUUGGAAAAUACGUUGAAACAGGUGAAAUAUAAUGUUGUGUGUUUUAACAUAUUUUUGAAAAAUAAAAAUAAAUUGUUCUAUUUAUAACAUUUUUACAGAAAAUGAUGGUAUAAUAAUGAUGCUGGAACCAGUGCUGAUUAAUUGGCCAGAAGAAACAGAUAUUGAACAAGUGAGUUUAGGGGCUAGACAUUCAAUGGUUCUAUCUAAGAAUAAUGUUCUUUGGGGUUGUGGGUGGAAUGCUCACAAACAGCUUGGGUUAGAAACAUACCAACUAACUUGUGAUCGAAUGAUUAAUUUGAGUAAUUUAUCGCCGUUGCUUAAGCACAAUGUGAAAAAAAUCAUUAGAGUAAUAUGUGGUGCGUGGAAUAGUGCCUUACUACUAGAGAACUAA